UUUUGAAACCCAUGUUGGCUAUCCAGAAUAUGAAAUUUGGUAUCUUCCUUUUGUGGUGGGGAUGGGUUUUGGCCACUGAAAGCAGAGUGCACUGGCCAGGAAGAGAAGUGCACGAGAUGUCUAAGAAAGGCAGUCGGCCUCAAAGACAGAGACGGGAAGCACAUGAAGAUGUCCACAAGCAAGGCAGUAGCCCAAUUCUGAAACGCAGCCCUGACAUCACCAAAUCACCUCUGACAAAGUCGGAGCAGCUGCUGAGGAUAGAUGACCACGAUUUCAGCAUGAGACCUGGCUUUGGAGGCCCAGCCAUUCCUGUUGGCGUGGAUGUGCAGGUGGAGAGCUUGGACAGUAUCUCAGAGGUCGACAUGGACUUUACAAUGACCCUCUACCUGAGGCACUACUGGAAGGAUGAGAGGCUGUCUUUUCCCAGCACCAAUAACCUCAGCAUGACAUUUGACGGCCGGCUGGUGAAGAAGAUCUGGGUCCCGGAUAUGUUUUUCGUGCACUCCAAGCGCUCCUUCAUCCACGAUACCACCACAGACAACGUCAUGCUGCGGGUCCAGCCGGAUGGCAAGGUGCUCUACAGCCUCAGGGUUACAGUGACUGCAAUGUGCAACAUGGACUUCAGCCGAUUUCCCCUGGACACACAAACGUGCUCGCUUGAAAUUGAAAGCUAUGCCUAUACAGAAGAUGACCUCAUGCUCUACUGGAAAAAGGGCAAUGACUCUUUAAAGACAGAUGAGCGGAUCUCACUCUCCCAGUUCCUCAUUCAAGAAUUCCACACCACCACUAAACUAGCCUUCUACAGCAGCACAGGCUGGUACAAUCGUCUAUACAUUAAUUUCACUUUGCGUCGUCACAUCUUCUUUUUCUUGCUCCAAACCUAUUUCCCUGCCACCCUGAUGGUCAUGCUGUCCUGGGUGUCCUUCUGGAUUGACCGUAGAGCAGUGCCUGCCAGAGUCCCCUUAGGCAUCACGACGGUGCUGACCAUGUCCACCAUCAUCACGGGCGUGAACGCCUCCAUGCCCCGAGUGUCUUACAUCAAGGCGGUGGACAUCUACCUCUGGGUCAGCUUUGUGUUCGUGUUUCUCUCGGUGCUGGAGUACGCAGCGGUCAACUACCUGACCACGGUGCAGGAGAGGAAGGAACGGAAAUUGAAGCUACGAGAGAAGCUCCCCUGCGCCUGUGGGUUACCGCAGUCGCGGGCUGUGAUGCUGGAUAGCAGCUACAGUGAUGGCGAAGUGAACGACCUGGGCAACUACAUGCCAGAGAAUGGAGAGAAGCCCGACAGGAUGAUGGUGCAGCUGACCCUGGCCUCAGAGAGGAGCUCUCCCCAGAGGAAAAGUCCAAGAAGCAGCUACGUGAGCAUGAAGAUCAACACCCAUGCUAUUGAUAAAUAUUCCAGGAUCAUUUUUCCAGCAGCAUAUAUUUUAUUCAAUUUAAUAUACUGGUCUAUUUUCUCAUAGAUGCCUGUAAUUCUAUAAAUUUCAAAAUUUUUUUUCAUGGUAUGUACUACAGAAAUACCUGUAUGAUGAAAAAGAUUUAAGAUUUUGGUUUUUUAAAAAAAUUCCCAGUACCAUCUUCACUAUCCCUUCUACAGCUUUCCAAAAUUUCAUUGGCAAGACAGUUUUUGCAUUUAUUAAGCAUCUAUUGUAUACAAAGCAUCAUAUUAGGUGCUAUAGCAACUGAUGUUAUCUGUUACCCUGGUCUCCCUGAAAAGCACAGUAUCAGUGUGGUGGACACUGUAGUUCAACCUCGUUUAGAUCCCAGAUGCUUGUUCACAUGAAUGCUUUCCUUGGAAUGAAUGUCAUUAUAUUCUUUGGGCUAGUUGGAAUUGGAAAACACAGUUCACUUGCAUGGAACCCACAUGCACCUAAAUCCCUACUUCAACAGAAACUCAUGCUUCAGUUUAUAGUCUAUUACCUAUUUCUUAUGCAUCUCCUUGUAUUUAAUAAAAGGCAAUAAUAUUCAAUGUUCAGUUUAUUUAUAAGUUGCAGUUCAUAAGACUUUGCCUCUUCACAAGCUCUUUAGAUUGGAGCAAUAGCUUAAUAGCUUCUGGUGGAAACAUCUCUGAUAGGAAAAUUUUGAAGAUGAGGAUGUAUGCAUGCCUUUUGUCUAUUUUGUCAUAGAGAUAACUAGGCUAGAAAACUUGUAUUUAAAUGUUCCCUUGUAUUUAAUUAUUCCCUUUACAUAAUCAUUGUUUCAAGCCUUGGGGCAGGUUUUCAGUCAAAACGAAGUCCUUUCUCAGUAACAUGGUAUCUUCACUGAGGAACUUGGGAAGAGACUAAAUAAACAGCAUUUAAAGAAAAUGCAAAAUUCAGGACUACAUAUAACUCAUGAGAAUGAGAAGUACUCACCUGGUUUCUUAAAGAGAAAAGAACACCAAAAAUCAAAAGAAGUGGGAAGACAUCCCUGGAUGUCUGCACUUACACUCAGUGAAUACCAGCAUUUUCUUUUUUUGUUUUUCGUCCUAGGGAUUGAACCCAGGGGUGUUCUACCACUGAGCUAUAUCCCAGCCUUUAAAAUUUUUAUUUUGGUACAGAGUCUCACUGAUUUGCCCAGGAUGGACUCAAACUUGUGAUCCUCCUGCCUCAGCCUCCUGAGUAGUUGGGAUUAUGGUGUGUACCACCAUGCCCAGCUAGGAUACCAGCAUUUUCUAAGAACCACAAAACAAUUGUCACUUAGAUUUUAGGUUAGGCAGCCUCUGUACCCGGCAGAAGGACACCCAGUAGCAACUCAUGUCAGGACAUAGGAUAAAGGAGAGGGUUCAUUUUAUGUUUUAUUCAAAAGGCAUUCUUUAUGCUAUGUAUCUAUAAACUGUAUAGAUCAACUCCAACCAAAACCACCCAAACAACACUUGUCGUAUUUGAAACUCACUUCAAUAAAGUGAUUCUUUCCUUUGUCA